GCACAACAAAUGUUACAACAAUGGAAGCAAAUGCAACAACAACAAAAGCAAAUGCGACUGCAAAUGCAACAAGAGCAGCAACAACUGCAACAGCAAAUAAAACAACUGGAACUGAAAGUGCAACAGCAAACGGAACGAAAGCAACAAUUGCUAGCAAGAAUUACAAACCUGCAAAAACUGUAAAUAUGACAAUUGUUCGUUCUGUAUAUUUUUUAUUGUUUAGAAACGCAAGGUCCCCCGCGAGAGUGUCCAAAUUACGUAAAGCUUAUCGAAACGACGUUGUAGAUGGUAAUAGAUUGAGAAAAUCUUCCUCCAAGCAACCUUCAGAUCUUCGUGAGAUUAAUGGUUGGUAUACUUUGUAA